GGCAGGUGAAGCACCUCCCCGGAAACGGAGCUGGAGCGCCCCACCUGCCUGGCCCUGUCUGCUCCGAUCGGAUCCAGCGCUUCCAGGCUUCUUGUCCUAGAAUUCACAUUGGAAUUUUGAAGCGGAGAUGUCAGAUGACUCGCUCCCAUCCUUCAAGAUAAAUGUUCUUGUCCUCAUUUUUCCAAUAAGGAGACUGAGGUUCUAAGAGCCCUCCCCCAGGAGCCAGCGGUGACAGCUGAGGCCAUGUGAGUCCGAUCCUGAAUGAGGCUUUAUCUCUGCUCUUGGUCCCAUCAUCCACUGUGGCACCAGCUCCUUCGGGCCGCCGGGAUGGGACAGGCACCUGAGAGAGCCAGAGAGGUGCUGGAGAGUGUGCCCUGGGCUGGGAGAGGACCCAGACCCCUGGCCUCGGGCUGCCAAGCAGCUGGUGGGGGCUCUAGGCCAUGACCCGCACCCCGGGCCCCCUGGCUCUGCCCUGCGCCCUGCACCCGGCCCCCUGCCAUGUCUGAAGGGGAGGCUCCAGCCCCGCCGGGCCGGGGGCUGCCCCCCGACAUGCUGGCCGAGCAAGUGGAGCUCUGGUGGUCCCAGCAGCCGCGCCGCUCGGCGCUCUGCUUCGCGGUGGCCGUGCUCCUGGUGGCGGGCUGCGGGGCGGGCGGUGUGGCCCUGCUGUCCUCCACCAGCAGCCGCUCGGGCGAGUGGCGCCUGGCGGCAGGCACAGUGCUCUGCCUGCUGGCCCUGCUGGUCCUGGUCAAGCAGCUGAUGAGCUCGGCCGUGCAGGACAUGAACUGCGUCCGCCAGCCCCAGCACGUGGCCCUGCUGCGCAGCGGCGGGGGCGCCGACGCGCUGGUGGUGCUGCUCAGCGGCCUGGUGGUGCUGGUCACCGGCCUGACCCUGGCGGGGCUGGCCGCCGCCCCCGCCCCUGCGCGGCCGCUGGCUGCCAUGCUCUCCGUGGGCAUCGGCCUGGCGGCCUCGGGCUCGCUCUUGCUGCUGGGCCUGCUGCUGUACCAGGUGGGCGUCAGCAGCCACUGCCCCCCGCUCCCCGCUGCCGCGGCCCCCUCCGCCCGCAGCGACGGCAGCGUCCUCAGCAUCUCGGGACAGCUGUCUGCUGGCCAGCGGCACGAGACCACGUCCAGCAUCGCCAGCCUCAUCUGACCAGGCGCCGGCGAGCUCCCCCUUUCCACAAGCUGCCCAGCACCCACAGGGUGGGUGGGAGUGGGGGCACGCUUGCGGGGACGCGUGCAGGGAGUGCACGUGGGCAUGCACGUGUCCCCAGGACUGCCCACCCCCUGUGGGGUUGCGUGACCUGUGCUGAAGAGUCUGCGUGUCCCCACACAUCCGUGCCGCAGGAAGGCGUGCUUGGGUCUCCUUGGAACUCGGGGUUUGUGACCAUGGAGCGGUCGGAGUCUACCUGUCUGUCAUCGGGGUCCCUGAAGAUCCUUGGCACCCACUCUCAACAGCCCUCGAAUCCAACCCUGCCUUGUAGCACCGAUGAGGGGUUUCCCAGGAGUGACUGUUUCCCGCCCCCAGAGACCACACCGGUGACUCUUCACAGACCAUGAGAGUGGUCACCUAACUGGUGACCAGGUGGAAAGAACACGGGCUCCGCAAUAUGACAGGACUGGAAUGGGAUCCCCCGUCCAUGACUCCCCAGCUGGGGGCCCUGGGCAAGGGACUUAACCUCCCAGAGCCUCAGGUUCCAGAGAGUCACAGUCGUGAUCAUGGUGACCAAUGGUGAGGACCACGUGACAUCGUGUAUAGGAGGGGCAGGCACCUGGCAGGUGUGAAAUAAAAGUGGGGGUCACCAUCAUUGUGACUGUCCCUCACCAUC